AUGAGGAAGAAGAAAACUCUGAGCUCCACCACUGAACUGAAAGAACCUGUACAGACUAUAGAGUUGGACACCCGUCUUGACUACGAGAACGUCUCAGACUUGCAGGUCGUUACUGCAGCACAGACAAAAGACACACCGGACUACGAAAACCUGGAAAAAGUGGUACAGGGUCAGAAUGACUGGGGAGUGACUUACACUUCUACUCACAUCUGUGCUAUAAAAGGAUCAACAGUGGACAUAAACUGCACCUACAGAUACCCAUCCAGGAUAAAUAAUGUUGAUACUGCAGUUGAUGAAACACUCUGGUUUACUAAAGGAAGUGAUAAUGAACCUGUGGAUCUGAGAACAGACUCAGAGUAUGCAAGUCGUGUGCAGUAUCACUUUGGUAAGAGCGACUGCACUCUGAGAAUCACAGACCUGAGAGAGAGCGACUCAGCUGACUACAAGUUCAGGUUCAUAACAAACCAACGAGGAGGGAAAUAUACUGGUUCACCUGGAGUCACUUUGACUGCCACAGGUGUCCGUGGUCAAUCCUGCAACAGAGUGAUUUACAAUGAUAUAAGCAUCUGUGCCUCCAGAGGCUCAUCAGUGGACAUUUCCUGCACAUACAGCAGUUAUGAAUCUAUCACAUCAUCAUUGUGGUUCAGUCCUGAUCGUAGUCAUCAGUGGCAGAAUCCCUCACAGCUUGAGGACCUUAGUAAAGACUCCCAGUAUGCAGGUCGUGUUCAGCUCCUUGAAACAAAGAGAGGACGCUCCACUCUGAGAAUCUCUGACCUGAGAGACAACGAUUCAGCCCAGUAUCACUUCACAUUCAAAACAAGAAGCUUUGAAUGGAGGAGUAGUUUACCUGGAAUAACUCUGACUGUCACAGCUCUCCAGGUGCAGGUGAUCACAAUAACAGUCCCUCAGUCUCAUAUGGAGGCAGAGCUGAAAUGUCUCAGCAGCUGCAGUCCAGCAGGUCGUAUUUCUUACGUCUGGUUCAAGAACGGACAGAAAACGAUGAAAGAGGAAACUUCUGUUUAUUCAGGGCAGUUUAAUCCUGGUGACAACAUCUCCUGUGCUUUGAAAGGACAUGAGGAUUACCGCUCUCCUUCAGUGUAUGGUCCAAAGCUUCCAUCUGUGUCAGUGAGUCCCUCUGGUGAAAUCAUUGAGGGCAGUUCAGUGACUCUGACCUGUAGCAGUGAUGCUAACCCAGCAGCUAAUUACACCUGGUACAAGGAGAAUGUAAAUCCAGACCUUCAACCUCUCAGUAAAGAACCACAGCUUGUCUUCAGCCCCAUCCAGUCCUCUGACUCUGGAGAGUAUUACUGUACAGCUGAGAACCAGCUGGGGAAGAGUAAAUCUGAAUACAUCUUUAUUGAUGUGAAAUAUGCUCCAAAGCUUCCCUCUGUGUCAGUGAGUCCCUCUGCUGAGAUAGUGGAGGGCAGUUCAGUGACUCUGACCUGUAGCAGUGAUGCUAACCCAGCAGCUAAUUACACCUGGUACAAGGAGAAUGAAGACUCACCAAAAGCAUCAGGACAGCUCUUCACCAUGACUGAUGUCAGACCUGAACACAGUGGGAAUUAUUCCUGUGAAGCCCAGAACAGAAGAGGACACUGUCUAUCAUCAGGUAAUUUUGUGGAGGAGCUGUAUGCUCCAAAGCUUCCCUCUGUGUCAGUGAGUCCCUCUGGUGAAAUCAUUGAGGGCAGUUCACUGACUCUGACCUGUAGCAGUGAUGCUAACCCAGCAGCUAAUUACACCUGGUACAAGAAGAAUGUAAAUCCAGACCUUCAACCUCUCAGUAAAGAACCACAGCUUGUCUUCAGCGCCAUCCAGUCCUCUAACUCUGGAGAGUAUUACUGUACAGCUGAGAACCAGCUGGGGAAGAGGAAAUCUGAAUACAUCUUUAUUGAUGUGAAAUAUGCUCCAAAGCUUCCCUCUGUGUCAGUGAGUCCCUCUGCUGAGAUAGUGGAGGGCAGUUCAGUGAAUCUGACCUGUAGCAGUGAUGCUAACCCAGCAGCUAAUUACACCUGGUACAAGGAGAAUGAAGACUCACCAAAAGCAUCAGGACAGAUCUUCAUCAUCACUGAUGUCAGACCUGAACACAGUGGAAAUUAUUACUGUGAAGCCCAGAACAGAAGAGGGCGUCAUAACUCCACCUUACAUCUGACUGUUGUGGCAGGAACAGCAAUAACAAUCACUGCUGGAGUAACAGCUGCUGUUCUCCUGCUUAUCAUAAUCCUCUCUGUCUUCCUAUGGAUGAGGAAAAAGAGAGCCUCCAAUCAAUCGUCUGAGGCUGAGGAGAGACCAGACGACAGAGAGAUGCAGGAGGUGCAUGAUAACAUCCUGUACGCCAGCGUGCAGUUUUCCAACAACCAGGCAGAUCUUCUCUACUCCAACAUCAGAUCAGAUCAGCUCCACAGACACAUGGAGGAACAAGAGUACGCUGCUGUUAACUUUAACAGAGCUGGUACUGCCCCGAGAACCAGAGGUCAGCAAACCUGGGAAGAUCCAGCUGCACUGUACAGCACAGUCAACAAAACCUCAUGA